AAACCUUUAAUUUUAGAAAUAAAUAACAAUCGUACUGUUACAUUUACUCGUAUAUUAAAACAUUUCAUCUAUUAUUAUGCUGCGUAAACAUAUUUCCAUACAAUUUAAAAGGAUUACAAUUAAAUUAUAUAAGACGCGAAAUAUGCAUCACGUGGGACUAACAAAAUAUACGUUUUGCAUUAGAUAGAUAUAUACAGAGAAAUUUAGAAUCUUUGUUUCUGGUAUUCACUUUCUCCUUAUUGAGGUACAGCAAAUAUUGAUUUAAAGACCUGAUUUAGAAACUCUGCUUCUAAUUUUUUAAAAUUUCUAUUAAGAAAUAAAUUUCUUUAAAAUUUUUUAUUUUUUUAACAUUUAUAACAUUUUCUAAUUUAGCAAAAAUAUAUUACCUACAUUCAAUAUAUUUAUUAACAACAUUUGUAAAAAAAGGAUCUUUGAAUUGCUUAACUUGUCUUUUCAAAAGCAAGUUAUUUUUACUAAUCAUGUGACAAUUGUUAAGUGAUUAGCAAUUGUGUACUUAAUUUCUGCAAAUUACAGAUUUUUUAAAUUUUCCAAUUUAAGUGUUUGUUCAUUUCUUACAUGUAUCUUCAAUUCAGAUUAAAAAGGAUAAAUUGCUGCUUUCAAAACAUGUUCUGUAACUUGCUGAGCAUUUUCUUAUGAAUCAUUCAACAGGACUAUAAAUAGUCUGUAUAAAUCUGCAGAUAAUAUAGUAAAAGAUGUGGACUUAUGCGAUAUACUGAACCAUGCAUUGCCUUCUGUAGGCUGUGCUGUUGUUGUCGAACUGAGAGAAAGAGACAGAAAAAUUAUGUUUCUUUGUCACUCGUAUGACUGAGAUAUCUCUGAAAUAUCUGUCUCUGCGAUGACUGCGAUAUCUGUUAACAGUCUGCAGAUAGCAAUGCGGUCCAAUAAUAUAGAUUUAUAAGGUUGUGAAUAACAGGCAAAUUAAAAAAAAAGAAAGAUAGAAAAGAAUAGUGGGAAAAAGUAAAAGUGUAUCAAUCGAGUGAUCCGAUAUUACUUUAAAACAUAGAAACAGUCUGAUUUUAUCAUUAUUACAAGACAUAAAUACUGAAUAUGAUUGAACAAAAUUCGAGUGUACUUCUGCCGACAGGGCAAAGAAUGCCCAUUCUGGGACUUGGAACUGCAGGAACUUGGACUGGAGAAAAAAACUGCAUACAGUCUGGUUUCUUCAUCGCUACAAGACAUACUAAACAUGGUUCAAAAUUCAAGUGUGUCCCUGCCAACGGGACAAAAAAUGCCAAUUUUGGGAUUCGGAACUUGGAAUGCAAGCGGAGAAGAGUUAGAAAAAGCUUUAAACGUAGCUUUGGAAACAGGAUAUAGGCAUAUUGACACAGCUACGGUAUAUGAAAAUGAGUGUAUUAUUGGAAAUGUUUUAAAAAAAUGGUUUGAUUCUGGUAAAAUAAAGCGAGCCGAUCUAUUUAUCGUGACUAAGGUACCUCCUGGUGGAAACAGACCCGGAGACAUAGAAAAAUGGCUGAAGAAAUCACUUUCUAAUUUACAACUGAGCUAUCUGGAUCUAUAUUUAGUACAUACACCAUUUGCAUACGCAGACGUUGAAGGAAAAUUACAUCCCUUUAAUGAAGAAGGAGAAAUCAUAAUAGAUACAAAUACGGAUCAUUUGAAAAUUUGGUCUGCAAUGGAGAAGCAAGUAUUGGAAGGACGUACAAAAGCGAUUGGAUUAUCCAACUUCAACAUGGGACAAAUUAAAAGAAUUUUGAAUCAUGCUAAAAUACCCGUAUCAAAUUUGCAGAUCGAAUUGCAUGUGUAUUUUCAGCAGAAGGAAUUGGUAAAGUUUUGUCAAGAUAAUAAUAUCAGCGUAACAGCAUACGCUCCUUUGGGAUCACGUGGAUUUGUCAAUAAAGUAGGAAAGGGAGACGCUGUACCAGAUUUAUUACAAAACCUUACCGUGCUGGAAAUUACAGAAAAAUAUAAAAAAACUCCUGCUCAAAUAUUACUUAAACAUAUUAUUCAAAAAGGUAUUGCGACCAUACCGAAAAGCACUAAUCUAUCCAGAAUUAAAGAAAACUUUCAAUUAUUUGAUUGGGAACUCGAAGAUGAAGAUGUCGACAAGUUAAAUGCUCUCGACAAGGGUAAAUCUGCACGCAUAUGUGAUUUCAGUUUUUUCAAGGGUCUGUCGAAGCAUCCGGAAUUUCCUUUCUAAGAUUACGCUUUAUUUUUAUCUUUUACUUAUAUGCCAUAUCUAUCCUUUAUCUGCUCGUUGUAAUAUUAAAAAAAUUUUUAAUUGUUAUUUUAUGCAAAUCAGAAUUCAAUAAUCAAUGUUUGUUAUAAUUAUCUCAAUUUCUUUUUUAUGUGGCAAUUUAAAGAUUGUUAUUUCAUGUAAAGUUUUUUUUAUAAUCAAAUAAUAAUCAAUGUUUAUUAAUAUACAUAUAACUAACGCUUAAAUAUUUAAGUAAACAGCCUUUUUCAUAAAUAUAUAUUGUUUACUUCUACUGUUGUAAUUAGUGGAUUGUUAAAUAAAUCAUUUUAUAGAUAAUAAAAACAAUAUAAUGAGAUA